UACAGGGAACUGCAGCGCCGCCUCACGAUCGCGCGGGCAGUUCGUCUUGGUCUGCGCUGCCUUUUUCCCUUCCAUCCGAGCACAUCGGUCACUUCAGACUCCUUUCUGUACGUCUCCACAAGGUACACCAUGUUGGUUCUGAAUCUGUUUAUAGCUUAGUAGUAAAAAUUGCAGUUUAUUGUUGAAACAGAACACAUCCGCAAAUCUACCGGGCCGGCUUACGACAGGCUCCAGCCACGCCGCUACCACCCUCAUCGCCGGCCCCUCCCCGCCUCCUCCUCGUUCCCCUGGUGCCGUCUUCUUCCGAGCCGCUGUCCACUCGCCACGCCAUAAUAAGACGCCCUUGAACUCUCCCGAAAGCUUUUGGGUCCUUAUAUUACUGCAGAUGCCGGCGUUUUGAGCUUCCCUUUUCGUCCUAAUCUUGAUAGAUUUAGGCAUUACCUUCAAGUAUUUCGGCUGUUAGUUUAUACCUUCGUCAAUUUUGUAAUUUUCUUGAUCUGGUAUGACCAGGGAGUGGACUGCGUAUGACAUUGGCCUAAUGAUUGAGUAUUCAAAAGACCGAUAUGGCUAAAUUAUGUAUAAUUCAGAAUUUCAAAUGCUGCUACAGUGUCUGUUAUUGUCAGAUAAUGCUUGGAAAAAAGUCUAUAAAACAUGCUCUUUCCACCUAUUAUAGCAAUUGACAUGUGUACCAAUUCCACAGGCUGUUGCAAAUGGGGGCACUAGAAAGUAGAAACUAGCAAAGUUGCCAAAGAUCACUGAUUCAGAUAUUACAUUAACCAAAAGAACUUCUAGAGGGAGGAGGCCACACCAAAAGAACUUCUGGAGCCAGCAACCGCUGAUUUGCAGAGGGCUCACCCGCCGGGGCCAGCGACCAAGGUUGCUAACUUCAUAACUUCUCGUAAACAAAGAUUCAUUUGCAAAAUGCCUUGUCCCAGCCAACAGUCUGCUAAAGGAAAAGAAGUGGUAAAUGAACAUAACAACACAAAGAGCGCUCCAACAGGCUUGGUAACACAUGAGCCAUCCAACUCAAGAACCUUGAGUGGAACAUCCUCAGAUGAUGAAGAUGUUCUAAACGAGUUAGCUGCAAGUUUUCCUACUCACAGUAUCCUCACAUCGAUCAAAGGCUUUGAACAAGGAGAGAGCUCGAAGGGUAUUGAACAAGAAUGGACAAGAUGAGGUCACUGAAGCGUAAGAGAGUUGAAGCGCCACGCAUCCCAACACUUGAGGAUGUGCAUCCUUACAGUAGGUGGAAUUUGUGUGUCCGAGUGUACCACAUGUUCCAUGUGGAGAGGUUGGCUUCUGGUAGAAAGCGGCUUAACAUGGUGUUAUUGGAUGAUAAGGGUAAGAAAAUGGCCGCUGUAGUAUAUGAUGACGACGUCGAUCGGUUUGAUCCUUUGCUCGUAGAGGGGCGGGUAUAUUAUGUGUGGAAGAUGCUUGCAGAACCAAUUAUGAGGAAUCAGGAUUAUUUGUUUGCAGAUAGUCAAUUUGUGUGCCAUUUCAGCUCAGUGACAACAAUUAAUGAGUUGAGAAAUGUGAAUGAGCGCUUGAUCCCAUUGUUCCCUGCGUUUAUUCCUUUUGACAGAGUUUGGGAGUUCACCCUAGAUAAUGAUACAUAUGUUGAUGUUAUUGGCAUGGUUUUAUUUGUAAGUUCUAUGGGAUAUAAAGACGGUUUCUACAAUCGGAGGAUCCCAGUGAGAAAUAUUGUUCUGCUAGAUGACACCUAUAAUAUUGUCAAGUUAGUUGUAUGGGACAAGUUGGUGACUAAUAAUCUAAGUGCAUGGGAAAAACUCGCCGAGGAGCGUGCUAUUGUUGUGGCAACAAUGUUACGUGCAGAGCGCAUCGAUCGUGGCCUGCAUCCUACAGACUUUAGUAGGAUGCACUUUAACCCGAACAUCACAGCAGCGCGUGAAUUAAGGCAGAGGAUCAAUAAUGAUCUUGCUGGACAAUCACCUCCAUGAAUCAAAAGAAGAUGAAGAAUGGAGUCGUGAAGCAAAAGUGAAGUCUUAGAAUAAUAGGAUAAUGUGUUACUUAAGCUAGGUUGAGCUACUUUUGAACCGUGUUGCUUCACUUUGCUUAAUUUUGGGUGUACGGUGCCGUGGACAAUGAUGGAAAGUGCUUUUGUGAUCCUUGUUGUAACUGAAACUGAGUUUCACUUUUGAAGUCAAAUCUUAAGGUAGUGUAAUGCCAAGACCACAUGAACAACAUAUCAAGUUGGUGUGAUCUCUGGGUAAAGUAAAAUGCAACAGCUUGGAGGCAUGUUGAGUCGCAAAUAGUUGUUGACAUGUGUUAGCUAAGGAUGGGUGUAAUCAAAAUGAAAUGGUGUGUGUGGCUCGAUGUAACUCUCUGAUGUUUGUAGCAUCGUUGAACAAAG